GUUUAUCUUUUUUCAUCCAUCCUAGUGCAUAGAUUUUCUAGUGAUUUGUAUAUUUGCACUGUUGUCUGCCGUUGUUUUUUUUUUUUUGUUUUUAGCAAAGAGAAAACACAAUACAUUGGUCUUUUUGUAGCCGCGAGUGAUCGCCAAGUGAAACGCAGCGUGCUCUUUGUUGCUGCUGGCUGUGAUUGUUAUGACAGAUCGAGUUAUGAUGAAAAUGCACGUGUGAGAUUGUAUGUGGGUUUUAGCAAAUGAGAAAAAAAAGAAAAGUAAACUUUGAAUCGAUCACUCGAGCAAAAAUGCAUUGUUUGGAUUUGAAAAGCUGGCCGAUAUUCAGCCUGUUGGGGCCUGAAUUUGUCUCCGGAAUUCAUAUGGUUAUGGUGUAUGGAAACUUGGGCAAUGAGGCUCUAAUCGUCACGAAAAACAAAAAGGUGUUCGCUCUGGGUAACAAUAUUGCUGGUUGUUUGGGAACUGGUUGUGCCCACAGCACGCUGUAUCCGAGAGAAGUGGAAGCCUUGUGCGAUAAGGAAGUGAAAACGUUUGCCUGCGGCAGUGGACCUCACGUAUUAGCACUUACUGAGAACGGAGAGGUAUUUUCCUGGGGCCACAAUGGCUAUUGCGAAUUGGGAAAUGGCACUAGCAAUCAGGGUGUUGUGCCCACGUUAGUGAACAUGCCGACCACGGCGGACAAUUCGAGGAUGAAACGUGUCGUGGACAUUGCGUGCGGUAGUCAUCAUUCUCUCGCUCUUACAGAAGAAGGCGAGGUGUUUGCUUGGGGUCAAAAUAACUGCGGGCAAGUUGGCAGCGGGCUCAGUUCGAAUCAAGGAAUACCGCGCCAGAUAAACUCGAGCUUGGCCGGAAAGAAGAUUGUCCAGGUCGCGUGCGGUCAAACCUCUAGUAUAGCGGUAACCGAUAACGGUGAGAUAUACGGAUGGGGUUACAACGGUGUCGGCCAGUUGGGAAUAGGCAAUUACGUGAAUCAAGUGAAUCCGUGUCGAAUCGGUUCGCUGUUGGGAAUCGUAAUAGUUAAAGUAGUCUGCGGUUACGCGCACACGUUGGCGCUCACCGACGAGGGAAAACUCUACGUCUGGGGCGGAAACAGUUACGGACAAUUGGGCGUCGGCAACAAGACCAACACCUGUAACCCGUGUAUGGUCACGCACGAGAUGGGACGGGUGUUCGACAUCGCCGCACUGCACUACAGUCACAUAAGCGUAGCCGUCGGCGAGGGCGGGUGCGUUUACAUGUGGGGUCACUGUCGCGGCCAGAGUGUUCUGGUGCCCACGGUGACGCCGUUCUCGUCCGUGCACGACGUGCUCGCGUCCUACGCCUCGCCGAGCGUCAUGCACAAGCCGCUCAUUCUGCAUAUGGACGAGGAGUCGAGUAUACUCGAGUGUUUGGGAAACGCGUUCGAUGACGAGUCGACGAGCGAUCUUACGAUAGAAGUAGACAAGCAACCAAUUCACGUGCACAAGGCGAUUCUGAAGAUCCGCUGUCCGUACUUCAAGAACAUGUUUCAGCACAACUGGUCGGAGAACAAUCAGAGCGUCAUCGAACAUACUCAAUUUUCCUACACCGUGUUUAAAGCCUUUCUGAGAUACUUGUACACCGGUGUGGUCGACCUGCCUCCGGAGAAAGCGUUAGAGCUUCUGGAUUUGGCUAACGCGUACUGCGAGAACAAUCUCAAGCGACGUUGCAUUCGGAUGAUAAAGCAGGAGAUCAGCGUAGCGAACGUAGCUUUUCUUUACAGCACCGCGAUUGAAUACAACGCGAAGGAACUGGAAGAGUUCUGCUUCAAGUUUGCCUUGAAUCAUAUGACGGCGGUGACGCAGACGGAAAAUUUCGCCAAGCUGGAUGAAAAUACGCUGAAGACUUUUAUAACUAAGGCGGCCAAAGCCGGCGCGUUUAGAACGUAAGCGAUGAUGCGUACGUUUGAUUUGAAGGUAAACACGUUCCGACAAAAACGAAUUGUUUAUAUAUACUCGUAUAUAGUUGCUAGCGCAAACACAAAUUUACAAACAAUUCGAAUAGUUUCUUUCGUAGAAAACUCGCAACACAAUUCGUUUCAUUCCAUUUGCAUUUGUUGGCAUUUUUUUUGUUUGUUGUUUUUUAUUUUUCCUUGUGUAAAUAGUAAUAAAUGAUAUCUCUAUAUAUAAUAAUAAUAAUAAUAAUAAUAAAAAUAAUGGAAUAUAUAUAUGAUUACGCUAGUCCUGCGAUUUUUAGUGCAUUCCGACGGUGUGUUCGCGAGGAAUUGCGAGAUUCUUUCGCGAUCGAGAGAGAGAGCGACUGCGCGCGAUGACAAAGAUCUCAGAUUGUAUUUCCGGCAAUUUGCACAAAGAGAUAUAAAGAAGAUACGUGUGUGUGUGUGUGUAUCAUAGAUGCGAUUGGGAAAAAAAAAAAAGAAAAACAGAUUUCGCGAUAACGAUUGACUCGACACAAACGAGUGGAACAAUAACAAGUGCAGUACUCUUCUCGCAUUAGAAACAAUACAUAGAAACAAUAAAUAGAUCAAUAAAUGUUAAUUGCAAACAGAAUUUUCUCGUUCCAUUUUCCCGCGUGAUUUCGCACACACUAUUUGAUCGCAUGUAUUAUAAUUGCGAUAUAUCGCGAUAUGUACAUGAUAUGCGUUGACGCGUUGACUCGCUAACUCUUUUGUGAUCUAUGCGACACAGCGAUGUGAUUCUCAAUCGAACUCGCGGUCUGAACGACCGCGAGGUAUGUGUGUGCGUGUGUGUUGAACUUGAACAAUAAAAGUUUUUUAAUACUCUGA